AUGAUUCGAAUAAUUAAACGAGGUAUUUCGUUAAAAUAUCGUAAUAGUAGUAGGGAAAUUCAACACAAUGUAAAACGAUGUGUUGCCACUCAGAUUUCAAAGUCGGAUGUUUUGUUUCCUGAGAGGGUAGAUUUUCCUUCUCGCCAUAUCGGACCCAGGGAUCAGGAUGUAGUGACUAUGCUGGAUCUCUUAGGCUAUAAGAGUUUAGACCAACUAACAAAUGAUGCUGUGCCUAAGAAAAUCCAGUUAGAAGGUCUUAUGAACAUCUCGGAACCAAUGAGCGAAUAUGAUCUUAUUGAAAGAAUUCGUAAAAUAGCAGAAACAAAUCAAAUAUGGCGUUCCUACAUUGGUAUGGGAUAUCAUAAUUGUUGUGUGCCGCAUUCUAUAAUGAGAAACAUGUUUGAGAACCCUGGAUGGACUACACAGUACACUCCGUAUCAACCCGAAGUGGCUCAAGGACGGUUAGAAGGUUUAUUAAACUAUCAAACAAUGGUCAGUGAUCUAACGGGAUUGGACGUUGCUAACGCGUCCCUUCUUGAUGAAGGGACUGCUGCAGCUGAGGCUUUGUCUUUAUGCCAUAGACAUAAUAGGAGGACAAAGUUUGUAGUAUCAGAACGACUGCAUCCGCAGACAUUAGCUGUUGUGCAAACUCGGUUGGAUGCGUUAGGACUAGAAGUUAUGGUAGUACCUGAUGUUCGACAAGCAGAUUUCGCACAACGAGACAUAUCUGCUGUAUUAUUACAAUGUCCAGAUACAAGAGGAUUGGUUUAUGAUUACUCAGGCUUAGCGGCAGCUGCACAGGAACAUGGGACUUUGGUGGUUGUUGCGACUGAUCUUCUAGCUAUGGCACUUCUACGACCCCCCGCAGAAUGUGGUGCUGCUUUAGCUGUUGGCACUUCACAGAGGUUAGGUGUUCCUCUUGGCUAUGGCGGACCUCAUGCUGGAUUUUUCGCAGCAGAACAUGCAUUAGUCCGUUUGAUGCCAGGUCGCAUGGUUGGCGUGACUAGGGACGCGGCUGGAAGAGAUGCUUAUAGACUAGCUCUCCAGACAAGGGAACAGCAUAUCCGAAGAGAUAAAGCUACAUCAAAUAUAUGUACAGCUCAGGCUCUGUUAGCUAAUAUGUCAGCCAUGUUCGCUGUUUAUCACGGGCCACAAGGUUUGAGGGACAUCGCGGUGCGAGUUCAUAACGCUACUCUGGUUCUCGAUGACGGAAUUCAAAAACGUGGUCAUAGGCAGUUGAACGACGUAUAUUUUGACACACUCUACAUCAUUCCAAGUGCGGAUCAUGAUGCAACUGCUAUAAAGGCAAGAGCUCAAGAAAAGAAAAUUAAUUUACGAUAUUUUGAUGAUGGAGCCGUCGGAGUAGCAUUAGAUGAAACCACUACAAUGGAAGACGUUGACGAUUUGCUAUGGAUAUUUGAUUGCCAGGGAGUUACUGAGGUGAUGAAGAGUGGUGAUGUUAAAUCAAGAAGUAUCUUAAAGGGUCCGUUUAGAAGAACUUCUCCAUACUUAACACAUCCUGUGUUCAAUAUGCAUCACUCAGAAACAAGAAUUGUAAGGUAUAUGAAGAGAUUGGAAAAUAAGGAUAUAUCAUUGGUUCACUCUAUGAUUCCUCUCGGUUCCUGUACUAUGAAGUUAAAUUCUACAACCGAAAUGAUGCCUUGUUCAUUUAAACAUUUUACUGACAUCCAUCCAUUCGCACCACUCGAGCAAUGCCAGGGCUACCACACACUUUUUGAAGAGCUUGCUAAGGAUUUGUGUGCUAUCACAGGUUACGAUCGUGUAUCUUUUCAACCGAACAGUGGAGCUCAAGGCGAAUAUGCUGGUCUAAGAACAAUCAAACGCUACCAUGAAUAUAGAGGUGAUACAGGGCGUAAUAUAUGUUUAAUACCUGUUAGUGCUCACGGUACAAAUCCAGCCUCGGCACACAUGGCCGGCAUGAGGGUCUGUGCGAUACGCGUCACACCCUCUGGAGAUAUUGAUAUGGCACAUCUUAAAGAUAUGGUGGAAGAACAUAGUGAAAAAUUAUCAUGUCUGAUGUUAACAUAUCCGAGUACAUUCGGUGUGUUUGAGGAACGCGCAGCUGACGUAUGCUCGCUCGUUCACCAACACGGUGGACAAGUCUAUUUAGAUGGCGCUAACAUGAAUGCACAGGUUGGACUUUGUCGUCCCGGAGACUAUGGUAGUGAUGUAUCCCAUUUGAAUUUACAUAAAACUUUCUGUAUACCACACGGCGGAGGUGGCCCUGGUAUGGGUCCUAUAGGAGUAAAAGCUCAUCUUGCUCCGUUUCUACCGUCACAUCCCGUGGUGAAUCCGUUAGCUGACUUGGGUGAAGAUGCCCAUAGUUUUGGCUCCGUCAGCGCAGCGCCAUUUGGUUCAUCUGCAAUAUUACCAAUAUCAUGGGCUUACAUUAAGAUGAUGGGCCCCAAAGGCUUAAAGAGAGCGACACAGGUCGCUAUUCUUAAUGCUAAUUAUAUGUCGCGAAGAUUAGAUGGUCAUUAUAAAACUUUGUACAAAGGCGAAAGAGGACUUGUUGCUCAUGAAUUCAUUAUAGAUGUCCGAGAUAUGAAGAAAACAGCUAAUAUUGAACCCGGAGAUAUUGCGAAACGUCUUAUGGACUUUGGUUUUCACGCACCUACAAUAUCUUGGCCGGUGGCUGGCACCCUUAUGAUUGAACCAACUGAAUCUGAAGACUUACAAGAGUUAGAUCGCUUCUGUGAAGCCCUUAUUGCUAUUAGGAAGGAAAUUAAAGAUAUUGAAGAUGGUCUUAUUGAUAAGAGAUUGAAUCCAGUAAAGAUGGCGCCACACACACAAGAAGAAGUAAUUACAGAAGAUUGGAAUCGUCCUUACACAAGAGAACAAGCCGCUUUUCCUGCGCCAUUUGUAAAAGGAGAAACAAAAAUUUGGCCUACGGUUAGUCGCAUCGACGAUAUGUACGGCGAUAAACAUCUUGUCUGCACGUGUCCUCCUGUAAUAGAUGACUUCUAA